CAAUCUACAACUGGGGCGGCCCCAUCAUCAAGUGUGAUCACUGCUGGCGCAGCACCAAUCAAGAACAAGAUCAAGGCCAAGGCCACCACCAACAUGGUGGCAACAGCAUAUCCAGCAGCAUGGAACUCAUACCUGACACCAGUGGGGCCCAAGACAGGUGGGGCCGGCCUCAAGAGCAGCACUAAGGGGAGCCCCUCACAACACACAAAGGGCGAGGACGUCCAGCUCUGGAUUGAGAAGGUCAAGCUGCGGGGAGCGCAAGUGGGAUGGGACUCUGCCACCGUGCUGGCGCAAGCGUCGGCCGCGCUGGAGGGUGCCAUGGUGCUAUGGCUCCACAUGGUGGAGCCGGAGGUGAUGUUCCAGUUUGACUGGUUUGAAUCUGAGCUCAUGCAUGCCUUCUUGCUGUUCACUUGGGUGGAGCUCUUCAAGGAGUACCUUGCAUGUAUGCAGAGCAAGAGUGAGAAUGUCCAUCCAUUCUACUUCCACCUCUUGCUCCUCCAGAAGCAUGCAGGACUGGCAGAUCCAGAUCUUCUGUCAUUGCAGUUCUGCAAAGGGCUGAAGGCCAACAUCCACAAGGGUGUCAACCUCUUGCCAAGCAGCAUGCCACUGGUGGACCUACUGGAGUGGGCAGUGGAGGUGGAAUCAUGGCUGAAGACCAACCCCAGCUGUGUGACGCUGGUGGUGGCCAUCGCUGAGGAGAGACUGGGCAGCCUCAAAGGGCUGCAAGGACAGCAUGUUGGGGUGGACAUUGCAGACCUGUGCAACAGCAUCUGGGAC